AUGGUCCUUGUCAAUGUCAAUGUCCAUGUCCAUGUCCAUGAGUGCCGCCAUCCCCAGUCGACACUUGGACUUAGUCAUCCCUUGUUUGCUUCACAUCGUACACAAAGUACACGUCACGCCUCUAUCGUCAACUGCCGGCCUCCACCUCCUCCUGCGCCCAUCAUGUCUUCCCACUACAACUCCCACUACACCCUCCCUUUGCCCGUCCCCUCCCACAAGGGCCAACACUACCCAAGCUACAGCAGCACCUACUCUGUAUCGCCUCCAGAGACAGAUGAGUCCGUCAGCUCAGGCACCGGUCCAUCAUACAGCAACAGCGGCUACUCUGGCGGCUACUCGGUGGCCAACUCCAGCUACGCCGGAAGCAACAGCGGCGACUACGAGAGCACCCACCACUCGGCCAGCGGUGUCGACUUCAACGACUACAUGCAGGACCGCUUCGCCCAGACCUUUGACCCCAUCCCUCUUGACCGCAACAUUGCGGUCCAGGCGCAAACAUCCGGAAAGCUCAACGCAAAGCACCGUGAGCUGCUGGAGCUGCAAAAGAAGGCACAAGCUCGUCUCGCAAAGACGCGCGAGCGCUUCAACGAGGGUUACCGCGACGCUCAGGACGUGCGCGCGGACCUCGAGUGGACGCAGAAGAAAGUCUCAUCGCUCAAGAGCAAGACUUCUCGCAAGCACACCAAGGAGUACAGCAAGGCCCGCGCUCGCUAUCCGUCGCCCGAGUACUAG